AUCGACGGAAGACGGAAGUUCGGAUCUUAAGGCUCCAUUUUGAGGAUCGAGACGUAGGCGGACGGCUUGCGCUCGGGUCUUUUUUAAUAGAAGGCCCUUUUUAAAGGUUCAAUGCAUCGCUUUUAUUAAACCGACGAAGACAUGAAGUUAUCCAGUGCUCUGUUAUUGUUGACUUCAGCCGUCCUGGGAGUCAGACCCUCAUCUGCUCAAGGAGAACCUAAAUAUUUUGAAGUGGGAACACCGCUCACCUUGGGGCCAGACGUUUCCGCUGUUAAAAAACCAAUCGACAGCAUCAGGUGGAAGUACGGCACCACCUUGGUGGUGGAUUGGGAUCAGAGCGUCAAUCCAUACUAUGGGCCAUUCAAAGGACGCACAACGUUGGAUCCACAAACCCUGCGGUUGGUCAUCAAUAAUUUGACCUUGGCUGAUAGCGGACAGUUCUCCGUGGAGACGAAUCUUGGAAGAGUCGGGAUUCAUGAGGUUAAAGUCAUCAUGCCCCCUCCGAAGCCCCUUGUAUUGACAACGAAGAACCCUGAGGGAGCUCAUGCUCUGAGGUGUACCGCGGACACCAAGGAUCUGGGACCGGUCACCCACGAAUGGAAGAAAGACGAAUUGAAGGAAGACAAAUGGGAGGAAGGGCCGUGGACCAAGGGGGAAGAGCUGAAGGGUAUGAACAGUUCUGAUACCCCUGAGACGUUCUCCUGCAGGCUGACGACCCGCGUGAGGUCCGGUGAAGCCAGCGAUCCCGUUCGCAACCCAACAGUGCCCAUUCCGAAGCCCCGUGUAAUGACAACGAAGAACUCUGAGGGCGCUCAUGCGCUGAACUGUACCGCGGACACCAAGGGUCUGGGACUGGUCACCCACGAAUGGAGGAAAUACAACGGGGAGUGGACCGAGGGUGACCAGCUGAUGGUUAAGACGUCUAAAACCUGUGAUAAGUUCUCCUGCAGGCUGAUCACCCUUCUGAGGACCAGUGAAGCCAGCGAUCCCGUGCUCAACCCACUCUGUGAACCAGAGCUCCCUCCGAAGCCCCGUGUAAUGAUAACGAAGAACCCUGAGGGCGCUCAUGCUCUGAGGUGUACCGCGGACACCAAGGGUCUGGGACCGGUCACCUACGAAUGGAAGAAAGACGAAUUGAAGGAAGGCAAAUGGGAGGAAGGGCCGUGGACCAAGGGGGAAGAGCUGAAGGGUAUGAAGAGUUCUGAUACCCCUGAGAAGUUCUCCUGCAGGCUGACGACCCGCGUGAGGUCCGGUGAAGCCAGCGAUCCCGUUCUCAACCCAACAGCUCAAGGAGAACCUAAAUAUUUUGAAGUGGGAACACCGCUCACCUUGGAGCCAGACGUUUCCACUGUUCCACAACCAAUCAACAGCAUCAGGUGGAAGUACGGCACCGCCUUGGUGGUGGAUUGGGAUCCGAGCGGCCAUACAGUAUACUAUGGGUCAUUCAAAGGACGCACAACGUUGGAUCCACAAACCCUGCGGUUGGUCAUUGACCGUUUGACCUUGGCAGAUAGCGAACAGUUCUCCUUGGAGACAAAUCUUGGAACAUUCGGGACUCAUGAGGUUAAAGUCAUCAGGCCCCCUCCGACGCCCAGUAUAGAGACCCAGCCGCUGUGUAACGUCACUUGUGCUCUGAGGUGUACCGCGGACACCCAGGAUCUGGGACCGGUCUCCUACGAAUGGAAGGAAGACGAAGGAGAGUGGACCGAGGGUGAGGCGCUGAAGAAUAUCAGCAGUUCUGAUACCCCUGAGAAGUUCUUCUGCAGGCUGAAGACCCCUGUGAGGACCAGCAACACCAGCCUGCUCAUGAAAAACCCACUCUAUAAACCACCAGGAGCAGUCACAGAGGGGGGAGCAGUGACAGGUCCCACUUCAUCUCCUGGUGUCACUGAGGAUGGGAGACGAGCUCAAGGAGAACCUAAAUAUUUUGAAGUGGGAAAAACGCUCACCUUUGAGCCAGACGUUUCCACUGUUCCACAACCAAUCAACAGCAUCAGGUGGAAGUACGGCACCGCCUUGGUGGUGGAUUGGGAUUCAAGCAGCUCAACAUACUUUGGGUCAUUCAAAGGACGCACAACGUUGGAUCCAAAAACCCUGCAGUUGGUCAUCAAUCCUUUGACCGUGGCAGAUAGCGGACAGUUCUCCGUGGAGACGAAUCUUGGAACAGUCGGGUCUUAUGAGGUUAAAGUCAUCGGGCCCCCUCCGACGCCCAGUAUAAAGACCCAGCCGCUGGUGUGUAACAUCACUUGUGCUCUGAAGUGUACCGCAAACACCACAGAUCUGGGACCGGUCUCCUACGAAUGGAAGAAAGACGAAGAAGAGUGGGCCGAGGGUGAGGCGCUGAAGGUUAUGGAGAGGUCCAUAACCCCUGAGAAGUUCUCCUGCAGGCUGAGGACCCCUGUGAGGGCCAGCAAAGCCAGCAACCCCAAGGACAAUCCACUCUAUAAAACAGAAACAGGUUUAACUGGUGGAGCUAUUUUUGGAAUAAUUAUUGGCAUAUUAUUAUUGAUUGUUGCUGUAAUUGCUGUCAUUGCUGUCAUUGCUGUCUUUGCUCUGGUGAAGUGGCGUCCGAGCCAUCCACUUUCUACGUUAAUCCUCAGGAAUGAUUUUCUGAGGAGACGCAUAUUUGGUAACCAGCUACCAGUCCCUCAAGCCGAUCCAGAAGAACCAGCCGAACCAGCAGCCGAUCCCGACCAACCAGCCAAUCCCGACCAACCAGCCAAUCCCGACCAACCAGCCAAUCCCGACCAACUAUCUGAUCAAGGCCGACCAGCGAAUGGAGUCCAAGGGGCUGAGGAGAUGGAAAUGUUGGAUAAUACAAAUUCAAAUGAAAAGCCAUGAGUAGUCACCCAGAGUGGCCACUGGAUUGCUGCUGUCUACGAAUUGAUUAGGCCGCCUCUGAAUGUCCAACAAGUGCUGAGCUCAGGGGGUAGAGCAGUUGCCUUGUAACCGAAAGGUUGCCAGUUCACUGCCAGCUACUCCUAGCUGAGUGUUCAGUUAGGUACACAUUAACACAACGACUCGGUAUGUCAAUGUGUACCAUCGGUUAAUACACACAUUGACACACCGAGUCUGCCGUUGGUGUUUCAAUGUGUGUAUUAUUAACCGAUGGAUAAAUGUGUGAGACUAGAGAAUGAGGAAUGAGACGCAUGGAUGUAUGCUGCGACACACGGCCGUCUUGUUUUCCACACAGGUUGAGGGAAUUGCCAUUUGUUACUAGUAUUUUGUGAUGUUCGUGAUGUGAUGUAUUUAUAUAGCUUGCCGUUUUUAUAUUGUUUGGUUCGUCAUGGGCCAAACCUAAUCAAGUGGAGCUAGCUAGCCUUCUCACUCUUCUGUGGGGCUAACGCCACUGACGCAGCCUUUGUUUU